GAUGAGUACAGGCCUUGACGUUUCCCUUUUAGUUUUACAAAGUGGGCAAGACUCAACCUGUUUGUAUGAGACAUAUGCAAUGUGUCUUACCUGCUUCUUGUCACCGCUUAAAGGCAAAGUCCGGUUUCUCAUCUGGGAUAUCUGCCAUGCUGAUACUGAUGCUGGGGUCGUUCGUAAGCCAAAACUCUCGGACCUCACCGCGGAGUGUCUGUGGCGUUUUAGUAGUUGGUCAGCUGCAAGGUUUUCGCUCUGUCGCCUGGAUUCGGACCUCUGAAGGGCUCGCUCAAGUCUUGGGUUAAAGACUGAGGAUCCAAAGGCUCCGUUUGAACUCAAUGACAGAGUGUGACAUGACGUGCCGGUGCUUGCCGUCUCCACUCCGGAGUCCACAGAUUCGGCUCGUACAGCUUUCUCCAAAAAAGAAGAUGACGCUGACAAAUGUGUGGUGAUUGUCUGUAGCAACCAAGCAGUCAAUACCAGAGCAACAAUAGUAAACAGUGAUGGUGCACCACUAUGGAGGCAAGCAGCCCAGAACGUAGCAAAGUUCUGGUAAAGCGUGACCCAAAUUACAUACCAGGCUACUCGGGGUAUUGUCCACAGCUCAAGUUCCAAAUUGGGAAGCCGUAUGGGCAAAUGACAGCCGAGCUGAGGAGUCCGGACCUGCACUCGGAUUCCGGUAGUCCUCCUACGGGGUCUGCUUGGACCCUGAGAGCCAUCCCUGAGAGACACUCCAGUCGGAUAAUACCUGGUUACACUGGCUUUGUGCCAAAAAGGCAGAACUAUGUUGCCUGCAGCUACUCGGAAACAUGUCGGAGGGCAUUUUCUGACUUUUACCAAGACAGAUAUGCAAAUAUGAAAAGGGAGUCAAAAGCGCUGCCGCUUCCUGUCACCUACAGCACCAGUCAGCAGUCAAAGGUCCUAACUCCAAUUUCUAACAAAACCGUGUCCUACAAGCCUGUAAAGCCCUUCAUCCCCGUUGCAAAAGCCUACAUGCUGGAUGACGACCACCCCUACAAGUACUUUAUGUCAGGAUUUACAGGCCACGUGCCCAAAUCCCGUUUCCUAAUUGGGAAAGGCUACCCCGUCGCUACAAACGAGGCGCUCAUCCAGUUUGGGAGGCAGCUACCAUCCAUCCGGACAAUCGAUGCAUCACAUAAGAGGGGCGUGGUGCCGUCAUUCACGGGACAUAUACCAGGAUACAAAUUCAUGUACGGACACACUUUUGGUCGACUUUCCAGGAAGGCUCUGGAGAAGACCACCACCAAGAGAGCCCAAACAGCAACGUCAUGAAGCUAUAUUACUUCUCUUUAAAACUGGGAAACUAGAUAAUAGAAGACUAUGCUACUGUUUUAUUGAAGGAAUUACCUUAGAAUAGGAACAAUUCCACUUUUAUUGCAGAAACAACACAUUGCUGUUUGUACCAGAGGAUUUGACACAUGAAUCUCUCUUCAAUACGCUAACCUGUCGUGGUUUUUGGCAUAUCAUGCAAAACCAUGCAACAAAUGACAUGAAUAAAAAUGUUCUGCUAUCAGGAACAGGCUAUAUGUAAUUAUGACUUAUUUGGGUCUUGUUAUGAUUGGGUCACACUACUCGAACAACGUUAUUUAUGUUAUGACAAAUGAAAAAAGAGUUAAGUAUAUUCAACAACA